ACUAGCCCCUUAUCUCUCUCCUGUAAACAUGACAGAUGUUCUGUGUACAUGGAGAAUAAGCCUGUGUCUGGCACUGGCAGCGACUUCCUCAGGACAACUCGUACCGUGUGGAAGAAUCCAGGAUGAAACUCCGCUGUUCGGAAGACGUAUUGUUGGUGGCACUGAAGCCAAACAAGAGGAAUUCCCAUGGCAGGUUGGUCUAAGAUCGUUCGGGCCUACUUUCUGCAGCGGAGUGUUAAUUGCAAAAGACUGGGUGCUAACUGCCGGAAGGUGUUUUGACGGGCACUAUGAUCCGACCAGCUGGAUAGUGGUACUGGGAGACUAUGACAGGGGACGCCUGGAAGGGACGGAGAUGAGGGUGCAUGUCAGGAAUAUCGUCAUACAUGGAGGAUUCACUAUGGAUCCCUACAGUAACGACGUGGCUCUGGUACAGCUGGUCAACCACGACAUCGACUACCCUUUCGUGUGCCUACCAGGCUCGAACACGGACUUGCUGGGAUCAAGUUGUGUGAUCACUGGCUGGGGUGCCACCCACAAAGGCGAUGACUUGGCAUACAAACUUCAGAAGCUGCCGAUGAACGUUGUCAACGCCUCGCUGUGCCUGUUGCCUAGCAACACCCGAAGUGCCGAUUACCUGUGCGCGGUCAGUGACGUCCAGGGAGGAGGCCCCUGCUCAGGUGAUGCUGGCGGCGCACUGCAGUGUAGACUGGGAUCGGUCUGGGUUGCCGCUGGAAUAGUGCUGGACACAUAUGCAUGUGGUAACACCACCGAGUUGUACACCAACGUAAAGAGUUACCUCCCUUGGAUACAGAAGACGAUGACGCUUUUGAAUGAUGCAGGGACCAUACAGCAUUAAAUAAUGUCGAAUCAGCA